AUGAAUUUUUGGGAGACCUUCAAGUCCAUUUACCUUUUCGAACAGGAAAUAUAUUGCAAGAUGAAAUGGGAAAAAAUUGCAGAGACUCUUUUUACUUAUGAAACCCCAAAAAUGAUCGAGAUUACUAAUUACAAAAUAGGUGUUGUUCACAGAAUUCUUCAAAUAAUAAUUGCAAUCUACGUAUUUUGUUGGGUGUUAAUUUAUGAUAAGGGAUACCAAGUUAAUGACGAUGCGGUAUCAACAGCAGUAACGAAAACAAAAGGUCUCAUGUUUCAGUAUUGGGAAAAUGAUACAAGUAGAGUACCAUUGAUCUAUGACGCCGCUGAAAUUGUGAAUCCACCACUUGAAAACAAUGCAUUCUUUAUCAUGACACAUUCAAUAGUCACUCCAAUGCAAAAACCGAGUCGAUGUCCAACGCUACGUGGGAGUAAAAAAUCCCAAUGUCAACGCGAUUCCGAUUGUGGCUCAGUUCGUUUAUCGAUUUCGGAGUCAGGUGUACGUACGGGCAAAUGUAUUGAUUAUAUAGAAGGAGUUGGCGUUUGUGAAAUUUAUGGUUGGUGCCCAGUCGAAAAUGAUGAAAUUGUCAUUGACUAUGAUUUAAAUAAACGCUUUGAAAUGAUUUCCAACUACACAGUUUACUUAAAAAAUGACAUUGAAUUUCCCAAUUUUGGAAUUAAAAGAAAGAAUAGAGAUGCAUGGGUUUCUGAUAAACCUCUUGGCUCAUGCCGUUAUGAUCCAAUUCAUCCGGUGGACAAAUACUGUCCAAUUUUCAAAUUUUCAACAAUUUUUAAGGAAGUCGGCAUUACACCAAAGGCUUUAACGAAAGGUGGUGUUAUUGGCAUUUUAAUUGACUGGGACUGUGAUUUGGAUCUUGGUGCUAAUCAAUGCAAUCCAAAAUAUCGCUUCACUAAUUUGGAUGUUGAAAAUGAUGGAAACAGCGGAUUCAACUUUCGGUAG